GGAAUCGUUCAUGCUUUACGGGAUGAAAGGGGCACGCUGUGGUACCCCGGUAGGUCGGCCAACUUCUCCCCGUCUCGCAUUUCUGCUCUAACUGUCCCAGAUAGGAAGGCCUCAUGCAAAUUUGUCAAGUUCAGGUGGUGGCGAGAAAAUCCUCAACUGAUGGGUUAGACUAAUGCUUGCGCCGUAGCUGUUCUUGCUUGGUCUUCUACGGAGGAACUCAGCAUGGACGCGGAGGAGAUCUUUGGGUGGGAUAUUGGUGAAGCCAAAGAGCAGGUACUUGAAUUUGUGAAGGGAUGGCCAGAGAAAAAAAUUAUAUAUUUUCAUGGAUGGAAUGGAUUAGGGGCAUCCCCGGUCCUCAGAUCUAUAGCACAGGCACUUUCAUCAAUGAAAAUGGAUGCUCCCCGGGAACUAUGCUUUGACAGAAUAAUUUACAUUGACUGCUCGGCAUGGAAAAGUAGAAGGGAAAUGCAAAGAGCAAUUGCAGAGGAGCUAGAACUUGACCAUACAACAAUGGCUAUGUUCAAUAAGCAGGAUGAGGAGGAUGACUUCAAUGGACUGGAUCAAGACUCUAGGGAUGUGAUACCAAGUAUUGCAACAGAGAUUGAUCGAACACUGAGGGACUGUAGAUUUAUGAUGAUUUUUCUUAAUGGAAGUGAUGAUGAGGUUGAUGUCACUAGAUUUGGUAUUCCUCAGAUGACGGAAUUUCGUAACAACAGAAUGAUAUGGACAUUCAAGAGAAGGUUCCUGACGAUUCAUAGCCGCUGUUCUGAGAUAGAACAAAAGCUAAAAUACAGCCACCUCUUCCUUUCUGCUGAACUGGUGUAUGGAGAGUAUCAGAUCAAAGAGUCAGAAUUUGUUGCACUGGUGCAUGGAGAGGCUGCUACCAUAGUUGCUCGCUAUCCAUGCAUGCCGGGUAUUGACUCAACAAUUGUCACAGAAUGUUGUCUCUUAGAGCUAUCCCUACAUUAUAAUUUCCACAACACCACUAAAUUUGGUUGGGCUGCUCAUUCUUCCAACUACUGGAUAUGCGAUGGGAUCAUACAAGGUGAUAGAGAAAUGGAGAUCAGCAAUGCAUUGCUUGGAGAGAUAAGAUGGGAGUGCGAUGCUUCUUUGCUUCAUCGUGUGCUUCAAGAGUUGAAGCCUACUUUUUUGGCAAAGAUGAUUACAGAGGCAGAGCCCCUUACUGUGUUUACGAGGUGUCUAGUUAAAGAUCGUUGGAUUUCAAUCACCUCCCAGGAACACGAAGUACAUGGUAUGCAAAAUAUACCUGCAACAGCAUCAUCGUUCUUCUUGGCAUUUGAAAGACCGGGUCACCUACCACCAUCUGAAAGAUCAGCUCAUCCACCGGCACUUGAAGGACUAGACAGCCCAACUGCAUUGCCAUCAGACAUGUUUAAUUAUUCCCGCAGGCUUUCUGUGCUGGUUCUCUAUUAUUGUGCCUUCAGUUUCGCAUCACCACCUUUCCUUAUAUGCAAUAGCUUAAGAUUCCUUGGUUUGGACCACUGUAAGCAAAAGACAAGGGAACGAGAGGACCAUAUAGAUACAGAGUGGACAUUCUUGCUUAGCCUAUGGGUGCUUGAGGUACGCUACACAGAAUGGGAGGAGAUGCUAUCCGAAGAGAAGAUGGAUCUCAUGACUAACCUCAAGGAGUUAAAUAUAGAGGGAGUUAGGUGCUGGCAGUACAUCAAUCAAUUAAGGAAAAGAUUGCCUCACCUCUAUAGGCUAAGGAUUACCAAACCUAGGAUUCAUCACCCGGAGACAACUGAUGUUGGUGACUCAUUUAUGGACAAGGAAGAGCUGCAAAUACUUGAUCUGUCUGGCAACAGUGAGAUGAAUGUUCUACCAAGCAGCCUAUCAAAGGCGAGUAGCCUUCAGGUGCUUGUUCUUGAUGGCUGCAUUGGACUUGAAUGUGUUGCUGCGCCUGAUACGCUUCCACCCUCUCUCAUGUCCUUCAGCCUCGAUGGCUAUGGAGCAGCAUCGCAUUGGACACCAGAUAUUAAUCUACUACCUCCAAAAAAUUUGCGUCCAUCUUCUGCAGAUCAGAAAGAUGCCAAGACCUCCAAGAUCUCCCUAGAAGGCUGCACAAGCUUGGAGAAUUUGUUUCUGCGUGGACUACCUAAUCUUGUGGAGCUGGACCUAUCUGGAACUGGAAUCAAGAUACUUGACUUCACAACUAUGGUGGUGGAAGUCACAUGCCUCAGGCGACUGUUUCUGCUGGGCUGUGAGCGCCUUGUUGCGAUAAUAUGGGACCAGAAGAGUCGUUAUGGGAUACAACCACAACUAGAGUUGCUAUGCAUUGACACACGAGCUGGGGCUGGAUUUUCUCGGCCAUCCGUAGACCAUAACAAUAAAUCCUUUAGGUUGCAGGUACAUGCCAUUUUUUCGGACGCAAGGCUUGCUCGAUCCUUGUGGCCGGCAGUAGACUAUUACAGAAGCCAGAACUGCCUCGAGGAUGUUUAUUUUAAUAUCCUUGUCACCUCUGCGCCUGUGUAUAGCGGGGAGGAUGUUCAACCUGAAGCAACCCACAGGGUUCUUGCAAGGCGGUAUGGUGACGUCCAUGCCAUGGUUGGUGAUGCCCCCAUGCAGGAUUUCCCGCAGGCUCCGACUGCAGAUUUUGAUCGCCAUGUCGAGAUUGCCCAAGGGAGCCGCGGGCUGGAGAGCGAACUGCUUGGAUAUAACCCUGCCCGUAAUAAUUUAGCUCUUCUGAUGAGAAGGUGUGCCGAUUCCCUGCAUCUGCACGACGUCUCGACAAGUGCAAAUAUGCCCGUGAAUGAAUGGAAUUACCUUCGGCAUUGCCGUGUGGAGAGGUGCAGCAAGUUGGAUACCCUCUUCCCAAGCACAUACGGCUUCGAGGCUCUGGAGACUCUUUGGGCAUCGGAUCUCCUGAUGGCCCGCUGCAUCUGGGGCAAAGGCGGUUCCUAUUACCGUUACAGCUCCUUUGGAGCGCUGCGGCACCUGCACCUGCGCUCCUGCCCCAGGCUCCGGUUCGUGCUUCCGGUGUUGUUCUCCUCCUUCCCCAGCUUGGAGACACUCCACAUCAUCCACUGCGGCGACCUCAGGCAUAUCUUCGUACUGGACGAAGAGCACCCAGAGACAGGCAUUGCAUUACCAAAUCUGACCACCAUCCACCUGCACGAUCUCCCAAUGUUGCAGCAGAUAUGCGAGGACCAGAUGCUGAUGCUGGCGCCCGCGCUCAUGACCAUCAAGAUCAGGGGAUGCUGGGACCUGCGCCGGCUGCCAGCCAUGGAGGGCCGUGGCCUACACAUGAAGAAGCCGACCGUCGAGAUCGAGAAGGAUGUGUGGGACGCGCUAGAGUGGGACGGGGUGGAGGCCGGCCACCACUCCUCCCUCUUCGAGAAGCCACGCCACUCGCGCUAUUACAAGAAGAAAUUGCUCAGGGGGUCCGCCCUCAGGUGAACUCCGAAUUCAUUGCUUCUUCUGCUACUUGCAUGUUUGUUGUGCUCGUGUGCUAGCUUGUUUUGUUGGCCAUGCCAUCGAUGGCUCGGUUCGAACAGCUUUGAUAUGAAGGGUGUGAUGAGCUUACAGGUGUGGCUGUGGUCCUUGCUCUCCAUGGCACGAUUUGAAGUAAUAAGCAGCUUGGUUUGCGUGAUCAGCUUGCAGGUUGACGUUUGUUUGUCUUGAAUCUGAGGUUCUGAAUCAAGAAGCAGCUGCGCUGGUUUUGCGUGCGUCUGCGUCGUAGCAGCAGCUAUACCUAGCAUGCUGGGUGCUGCGUUUAAUUGGCUGUGUGU